AUGGCUGCCGAAAACCAAAUGCUAGUUCUAAAUCGGCUGGAGAAGAUAAAGGAAAUUCGACAGAAGACACUGUCACUAGAAAAGUUACGAUCCAGGUUACGGCAGGAAAUUGAAGUGACAGAAACAGAGGAGAAAUGUUUGGAUGAGUACAGGAAGGAGAUGGAGCUCCUGCUCCAAGAGAAGAUGGCCCACGUGGAGGAGCUGCGGUUAAUUCAUGCCGAUAUUAAUUUGAUGGAGUCCACAAUUAAACAAGCUGAAGAAGAGAGAUCCAAGGCACACGAGAAUGCCAAACGGUUAUUUGAUGAGUGUAGGCCUUUGAAAGAGGAAAUUGACAUCAUGCGGAUCAGGGCUGGCCUGGAUGUACAGUCAGAUGUCAGCGACGAAGCAGAGGGACUUAAACCUGAAUUUUUUGAGAAACCCCCAACCACAGAAUGGAAUGCUGACCCUCCCGAACCCACUAUCCCACAAACCCUUGCAGUAGCAGCUGCGGCAGCCCAUCAGAUUCAAAUACAACCCAAUAAAAAUGACAGACAGGCAUUCCGGCAACAACCUCCACCUAUGAAAGCAUGUUUAUCCUGCCACCAACAGAUUCAUCGCAAUGCCCCUAUCUGUCCAUUGUGCAAAGCAAAGAGCCGGUCACGGAACCCCAAGCGACCCAAACGCAAAGCUGAUGACUAA